CCUUGCAAAGAGGACGAAGAAUGUCCGAUAGGAUAUGAGUGUUUUACAUAUGUGAUUAAAAAUGGAUUUUGUGUGCAAACAGCUCCAGACGAAGAAACACCAUCAAAAUCAAGAUACAGUAGAAGUGCUGCUGCUGGCUCCAGUGGAGACGCUGCUUCUAAUUCCAGUGGGGAUGCUGCUGCUGGCUCUACUGGAGGCACUGCGUCGGGUUCGAGAGGUUUCGGAGCAGCUACAGCUACUCCUCCAAGUAAUGAUUUGCUUUGUUCAUACUAAUAAAUUUCUUUAUUGA